AUGGAUCGGUUGACAUGGUAUCAACCUGGUGAAUAUAUGGAAGAUAUUAUCAUACAGAGUGGUCAUGUGGGUAUUUACGACGGUGAUCUGAAGCAUGUAUGUUCUUUUGAUUGUCGAUUCAUAUUGCAUCACUCAAUGGUAGCAAAUAUCGAGAAAUUUCACAAAUCGAUGUUUCGACGAGGCGGUAAAAUCAUCGUUCAUGUUCAUCCAAAAGCACACAAUCAAAAGAAUAAUCCGAUUGCUUUCUCACCCUUCAAUUACUUCAGAUUCGUUUUUCGUAAUGGUGGAGAGGACGAGUUUUUUGAGAAGUAUCGAGACGCAUUAGCUCGUCAAACAUGGCAAAGAACGUCGUCGAGUUCAACAUCGAGUUCUGCCGGGUCUCGCAACAGUACUGUACAUGUACCACGUGCAGUUGGAAUCGCUGGAAUUGAGAAGAGACUCGCUGAAAAUCAUCAACGAGCUCACGACAGCAUCAGUCAGGCGUUUGAAGAUAUGACCCACUUGAUGGAAUGUGCACGAGAAAUGGUCACGCUGUCGAAAAGUAUCACCGAGAAACUUCGUUCACGAAAAGGGGAAAUCACUGAAGAUGAAACCGUUCGAUUCAAGUCGUAUCUGCUGAGUUUGGGUGUCAGCGAUCCAGUAACGAAGUCAAGUUUCGGUAGCGGUGCAAAAUAUUAUGAAAAACUUGCCGAGGAAUUAUCCACAAUUUUGUGUGCUCCAUUGAAGGAAUUAGGCGGCAUGAUGUCACUACCAGACGUUUACUGUCGUGUCAAUAGGGCGCGUGGAAUGGAGCUGUUAUCACCGGAAGAUCUGCUGAAUGCAUGUCAGGCUCUCGCGCAUCUCGACCUGCCUAUUUCAUGUCAUCGUUUCGAUAGUGGCGUGAUGGUGAUACAGCUGAAGGAUAUGGCCAUUGACACGACGAUUGACAGCACUUCUGAAUUGGUUAGCGCGAUGGGAUCGUGUACUGCGAAUGAUCUAGCGAAAUGUCUUGGUAUCACGGUCAUUCUUGCCAAACAACGAUUGCUGGCAGCUGAAGAGCAAGCAAAAGUCUGUCGAGAUGAUACGAUCGAAGGGUUGAAGUUCUAUCCGAAUCGAUUUUUAACGGCCAACUGA